UUUUCAAACUGCAAGUCCUUUCACUUGCGCUUACCUUAAAAGCUCCAUCAAGCAACGAAAGACUCCCCAGAUGCUACAUGACCAGCUUGAGGUCAUUGUUGAAUCUUGGGGACGUCAGUCGUGAAUUCAAGAACAAGUAGAAAAACUUGUUGCGACUGGGUGAAUACCGCGAAAAUGGCACCGGCAAACGGCGCGUCAAAAGUCAUGCAGAAUCGCUCUAGGCCUGCAGUUGCGAUUCUGAGAGGCAUUACUCCUGCUCUGCCUCUUUCCUAUGGUAAGCUACAACAAAAGAAAUUACCUAGCCGGGAAAAGACGAAGGAAAUCAUACCCCCCCCCUCAACGGCUCCAGCAGUUCAAGUGCCCAUCACAUCGGAUUUUACUACAAAUAUGCUUCCUACCCAUGCCGAUGAGCCUGUUGCUGAAGAAAAACUUUUCGAAGCAAUCAGGCAGUCCCCCAAGCGCGUUCCAGCAGCUGUUGCCGAUGCCUCAUCUACGUCGGAAUCAUUGGAUGGGUUUAAUUCUACUGAGAGCGAAGUAAAAAUUGGUUCUGCUUCUAAUGAACAUGGUUCUGCUGAACUCGAAGAUGAGGAAAAGUUUGCCAGCGUGAUUGAAGUCAAAGGUGAGAUAAGGAAAUCCCAUUUCAGCCUUGCGAUAUCUGUAAGCCCAAGAAGUUGUCCACAUCGCUAAUAUUUGCCUUUUGCAGCAGUCGAAGAGGAACAGCACUCUGCCCCAUCUGAAAGUCAAUCGACCACAUCGAGAUCAACAUAUCAAUUGCCUCCGCCAUUUGUCCCUGCUAGCAAUCCAUCCACCAUGUCCUCCGACUCUACCCAAUUCCAACAGCAGGUUGCGUUCAAUGGUCAGCAUCCAAUGCACCAUGCGCAUCCCAGCGGUUCAAACCCGGUAUUUGGAGGAUACCCCGAUUCUAAUAAUUCAUCACCAGCUCCACCUUCGAGUACUGGCAACAUUCCACCUUAUGCUUACGCGCAACAAAGUGGUUUGCGCCAUGGUCCUCCUCCAUCGAACGGCGGUCAUCAACACCACUUGUCAAACGGAUUCUCACCAAUGACGCCGGUAUUUCCUCCAGGGUAUUAUCACCACCAAGACGGCUUUCAGGCCGCUCCAGCUGAUGAUUUCCUCCGCAGACAAAUACUACCAUUUGGCCCGUCCGAAGGUUAUUCGCCAACCGGCCCUCAAAUCGCAGAGAGUCCUCGAUUUAACAGUGGCUUUGAUCCAGCUACUGCGCACAACAUUCAUGGGCCUCGGCCAUUGGCACAGAUUGAUCAAGAGAAUGGUCUAGGUCCUCAUUAUGGCCAUCAUCCAUCUCCAAUGCCACCAAUGGGACCACCACCUUAUCGUGGAGUUCUCGGUUACCCACGUAAAGAAGAGAUUCCUUGGGCAGGCGCCAAUCGUCGAGAUCUUUGGUUUCACCUUCGUGAACAGUUUGCACAGCCAGAAUUCUCCGACUGUGUCCUUGAGCUACGCUACUCUGAUGAUCGUGCCGCUCCUCUUCGAAUCAGUGGGCACAGAUUGAUCUUUGCUCGCAGUUUCGUGUUGAAAAGUCUCAUCACAUCUGGAGUACGAACAAACGGUGAUUCGCCCCUGCCUAUUCAGAAUAUCUUGAUCGAGUCGGACGACCGUUACUUGCGUUCUGAUGCUUUUUCGUUGACGGUUCGAUAUCUCUAUGGCGGACCUAUAUUGGACUUAGAUGCAAUGGCUCGCUUUCCAGCUCCGUACAUUGGAUCAGCUCCCGUGCCAUCAACACCAGCUGACCGUUUCGACUUCACGCUUGGCUAUGUAGCAGCAGGAGUUAUUCUUCAGAUUCCUCAAAUUUGGAAGACUGGCUGCGCUAUUGCGAGUCAACUGAUCACUUGGGAUACCGCUGAGAAAGCUCUUGAAUUCGCUCUUGAAGGGGGUAUUGAUUGGUCAUGGAGCUCAAGCGCCCCAGAUGUCAACGAUGUCGUCGGCCGAAGCAUUUAUACGCCAUGUGCUAAUAUGCUCAUUUACAACAUAAUUAACUUGAUCAUACUCUCCUUCCCUUCCAAUUUCGAAUUGGAUACGACGGUCUCAGACCUUCAUUAUAAUUCUAGAAUCCCGCAUGUACCAGAUCACCGACCAAAUCCUACACCAUCACGCUUGAGCUCUAUCAAAUUUGGCGAUCACCCUACAGAAGAGAGUCUUCGCUCCCCUUCUUCGGAUCCUAUCACUGUUACUUUGUCAAGACUAUUACUCAACUUGCCAUUUGGUCCUUUGAAGCAUGUAUUAGAGACUGGAAAUGGCGGUGUUAUCCAUGGCCACGCAACUCAUUUACUUCGUCGAAAGGUCAUGCACACUCUCAUCGAGGAGCGUGAGAAGAGAAGACAGAGAGCACUCGUUAGCGAAGUACCAGACGAGGAGCGAAUUAAGAAUGGACGUCAGUGGAAUGCAGUUGGCUGGAAAGAGGUUGUUCUCCCGUUUGAUGAUCAUCGCAAUGAAGAGGUCCCAUGCUUGAGGAAGACUUGGGUGGGUUUCACACAUACUGAAAGCAAGUAGCCUUGGUCUAUUAACAGACCCAAAAAUGUGGCUUUUGUAAUUGAUUAAUAAAGGUGCAUUGGCGUUGAAUUGGUUCACUGGAAUGAGGGCAAAUGAUAUAUGUCUUUGCAUAAAAAAUGGGCGGAUGGGAUUGGUGGCCAUUUCUUCUGGCCUACCUAUUUUCUUGAGGGUUGAGACAAUUACUUGCCUUCGUUGCUAGGUGAAGAUGAUCACUUUUAUGAAAAAGUUUACGGUAGUAAUGAGAUAUGUAUGACACGGCU